UUAGUCUAUUGACAGCAUCCCUAGCACUUGUGAUACUACUCAUGCUCUUAAUUGUGGUUUUCAUCUCAUGGAAAAAAAGAAAAAAGCAUGACCGAAGAAACAACCAGAAUGAAGAUGCAGUUUACUGUAAUGUGAAUGCCCAUGGGAUGACAUCUUUUUCUUCGUCUGCAAAUCAGCCAGUUCUAAACAUUCAAGUAGGCGUAGCACCUCAAGGAAUACCCGAGCGAUCAGAUGUACCAUUUCAAAAUCAAACGCAUGGGAAUACAGAAAUGAGAAGGCCAAAUCAAGAGCAUUACCAACAACUUAGCCUUGACAUUGUACAUAGUCAGAAAGCCGCAGCACCAAGAUACGAGCCGCUACGUAAAACGUUCAACGAUACUGAUGAAAGCUAUCAGCAUGACACCUACCAAUCAUUGUGUAAUUGUCCAAGUGUUUACCAGAGCUUGCACACCAACUAGAUAGGCGUCAUUAAUUCCAGUUCCAGGGAAAUACAUUUUAGAAAUUCAAAUAUAUGAUUUCCUGGGAAACUUAGAGCUAAAGUCAGGAUCCAUAUGAACAAACGUUAUGAAUAGCUUCUAUUGUGGGAUCAUAUUAGAAUUGCAUUAAAAAGCUUUAUUCUCGGUCUGAAAACACACUGAUUAAUUUGCUUUAUGCUAUUAGUGGGUAACUAAGGCUGAAUAUCUGUACUUUUUGGCUUAAAAAUGAAUCUAGACUAUUUAACGUAAUGAAAUUCAACAUUCUAUACUUCUGCUAUUUUCAAAUAGCUUCAUGAUGCCGCCAUGAAUGGGAAUCACCGUAGAGUGGUAGUGUAAUUAAGGUUUAUAAAAAGCUAGUAUAUAUACCUUUUUUAAUCAAUGCCCUGUAGCAUCCGAUUUAAUCUUAGUUUCAGUGUAAUUUUAGAAUUCCAGAACAUGUAAAACAACAAUGUUUGAGGAUA